AUGACGGACGGCCAGGAUGAACGGUCCCCGUUAAUCGCGCACGCGAAUAGAGAUGGGAAUGGAGACGCUCGUCCUCACUCAACCCUGCACGAGCUCUUUUUGAACAAGUACACUCCUGGAAUGGAUAGCGAGAACAAGCUCGUGAGCUUGUGCGCACACGUCUUCAAUGUUACCAAGAUAACACUGCUGAGCAACUAUGUCAAUGUCCUCCUAGUCUUCGUACCCUUGGGUAUUGUCGCAGGUGCAACGGGCUGGAACCCGACAACGGUGUUCAUCCUCAACUUCUUCGCAAUCGUGCCUCUGGCAGCUGUUCUCUCAUUCGCAACGGAGGAGAUAUCAAUGAAGCUGGGCCAGACAAUGGGAGGGCUUUUAAAUGCUACCUUUGGCAAUGCUGUGGAGCUUAUUGUCAGUAUCGUCGCGUUGAAAAACGGAGAAAUCAGAAUUGUCCAAUCUAGCAUGUUGGGAAGCAUCUUGUCGAACAUUCUCUUGGUACUGGGAUGUUGCUUUCUAGCUGGAGGUGUCAGAAACACAAGGACAGGUCUAGCGGCUGGCAUUGAACAGACUUUCAACACGACCGUGGCAUCUACCAUGUCCUCCUUGAUGGCUAUAUCUUCGGCUUCUCUUAUCAUCCCCGCCACACUCUUUACUGUUCUUAAAAACUCGUCAAUGGACACCGACGGGAACAUAUUGGUUCUCUCUCGCGGCACUGCCAUUAUUCUUCUGGUCCUUUACAUUCUCUACCUCGUCUUCCAGCUCCGCACCCAUGCGAAUCUUUUCGAUGCCGAAAACCAACUGGAGGAUGGCGAAGAAGAGGAGCCAUCCAUGGGUCCUCUGCCCGCAACAUUGGUGCUCGUUGCUGUUACUAUCACAGUGGCUAUCUGUGCUGAAUAUCUGGUCGAUAGCAUCGAUGCACUUGUAGAAACCGCGCAUAUCUCCAAGACCUUUGUUGGUCUAGUUCUUUUGCCUAUCGUUGGAAAUGCAGCUGAACAUGUGACUGCAGUAGUCGUUGCUCUCAAAGACAAAAUGGAUUUGGCUAUGGGGGUAGCCAUUGGGUCCUCCAUGCAAAUUGCUCUGCUGGUAACGCCCUUCCUCGUGAUCCUAGGCUGGAUCAUCAACCAACCCAUGACACUCCACUUUGAGACUUUCGAGACGGUAGUCUUCUUCUUGAGUGUUCUCGUCGUCACCUAUGUUAUUGGAGAUGGCAAAUCUAACUAUCUUGAGGGCGCUAUGUUGCUCGGUCUAUACAUUAUCAUUGCACUUGCCUUCCUGGUGUACCCCGAUGGUGCGGCGGAUCUGCCAGGUCUAGCGGUGAGGUCUGUCAAGGGGUUGAUGGGGUAUUAA